GUAGAACAGCAUGAACUCCAAGCUUCAAACACAUCCUCAAGCUCGGACGGGCACUUUGCUUUUCAUCAAGUUGUGUUUUUGCGUUGUUUUGGAGCAGCUUUGAGUAAUAAACACCUAUUUCCACUUUAACUUUUUUUUUUUUAAAUGUUUUCCAAAUUCAUGGGACAACCAAAGCAAGCCAGCCUCAUGCUUGGGGAAAAAGUUUGAUCCCAACCAUGGCCAGAAAAGAGCCAAAGAUGUUUGUCUUGCUCUAUGUUACAAGUUUUGCCAUUUGUGCGAGUGGACAACCUCGAGGUAAUCAAUUCAAAGGAGAAAGCUACACCCCAAGAUAUAUCUGCAGCAUUCCUGGCUUACCUGGACCUCCGGGUCCCCAGGGAGCCAACGGGUCACCUGGGCACCACGGCCGCAUCGGCCUUCCAGGCAGAGAUGGUCGAGACGGCAGGAAAGGAGAAAAGGGAGAGAAGGGAGCUGCAGGUUUGAGAGGAAAGACUGGACCACUGGGUCUUGCUGGUGAGAAAGGAGACCAAGGAGAGACCGGGAAGAAAGGACCCAUGGGACCAGAGGGAGAGAAGGGAGAAGUGGGGCCACCUGGGCCUCCUGGACCAAAAGGAGACCGAGGAGACCAAGGGGACCCAGGGCUGCCUGGAGUUUGCAGAUGUGGAAGCAUCGUGCUCAAAUCUGCCUUUUCUGUUGGCAUCACAACCAGCUACCCAGAAGAAAGGCUACCUAUUAUAUUUAACAAGGUUCUGUUCAAUGAGGGGGAGCACUACAACCCUGCAACAGGAAAGUUCAUCUGUGCCUUUCCAGGGAUCUAUUACUUUUCCUAUGAUAUCACAUUGGCUAACAAGCAUUUGGCAAUUGGACUGGUACACAAUGGGCAGUACCGAAUAAAGACCUUCGAUGCUAACACAGGGAACCAUGAUGUGGCUUCAGGGUCCACGGUCAUCUACCUGCAGCCAGAAGAUGAGGUCUGGCUGGAGAUCUUCUUCACAGACCAGAACGGCCUCUUCUCAGACCCAGGCUGGGCAGACAGCUUGUUCUCUGGCUUUCUCCUGUAUGUUGACACAGAUUACCUAGAUUCCAUUUCAGAAGAUGAUGAUCUGUGAUCAGGAUGCAGACCUGAUGUUUCCAAGUUUGCCGUAGCACACAUUCAGAUUUAAUCAGGAUUCUAAAAGACUGAGCAACCAGGAAUGGGCUCCAAACAGACUCCCACUCAGAUUCCAAAGCAUUCACAGACAGUUCUAGAAGAAUUUUGUCAAAAUGAGAUAAACCACCAAACAGCUGAAACCAAUCCAAAUGGAACUAAGUCAAACAACCCCAGAUAUGUAUGUUUUUGAAAUUGAUGUUCCAAAAUAUUUAAGCAAAUGAAAGACAAUGUUAACAGAUUUUGUAUCAAAUGACCUGAGUGGUAAAACCAACAGGCAAGACAUUGCCUCAUUAAAU